AUGGUGACAAAUUUACUGUUGCAGUGUGUCUUUGAUAGUCUCACUGACAGCAAUGUGUGUUGUGGAGCUACCGAUAUGGGAGUAUGUACGGAUGGCGAGAAGGCAAGUUCUCUCCAUUUUGACCGUCUCCCUCCCGUUGCUGAAACCGCUGCUUUUCAGGCCUACCUGAAUGCUAUCGACAUGUCCGUCCGAGAAUGCCUGAUCAACGAGCCGAACUCCUGCCCCACCAAUUACCUCUGCCGUUUCAAUCCGACAAAGAAUCGCUACUUUUGCUGCGGUUCCACCAAGAGCAGUCACUGCCCUCCUGGCCGAGCUCCUUACAAGGAUCAGAUGAGUCUGCAAGCGAUGCGUUGUACGAUGAACGCCCACGUAUCCACCUGCCCAGAUGGCUUUGAAUGCCAAAGUGAUAUCCGAGAUGCCCUUCAGGGGUACUGCUGCUCUGUCUCAGAUAUCUGCCCAAAUAAAGAGGAUUAUUUUGUGGAUGAGGCGUCGGCGAUGCCGCGAUCCUGUUCUGUUGGCCAUUUCGUUACUUGUCCCUCUGGAUAUACUUGCAUGACACAAUUCGAAGGUGUAAAUGGAUACUGCUGUCGAGGCCAAACGCAUCUCGGUGUCUCCGAUGGAUGUCCUCCAGGAGAAAUCGUUUUCAUGGACAAGAAUGAGAUCGCCAAAUGCGACCCAUUCAAUCCGUCAAACCACGGCUGUCCCAAUGGAUUCACAUGUCAAUGGUCAAUUCGCACUCAACGAUAUCAAUGCUGUGGUGCAAAUCCUGUUCCUUCAUCACCGGAAGGUGAUGGUUGUCCAUCUAGACAAGUGGCGUUUAUUGAUGGUGCCACAAGCAAACCUCAGGUGGCAUUCAUCGGAAUUUCCGGUGAGCAUCAACGCUGCUCCAUGACUGGAGGCCAGAGUUGUCCAGAAGGCUUCAUUUGCGUGAAAGGAAAACGAAACGAAGAAAUCUGUUGUGCUGGAGGAGAAGAUAGUUACGUGAAUGAGUGCCCAGAUAAGGACACCAGUAAAUCAGCUUUCAGUUUGCGUAAGCCUCAAUGUGUUGUGGAUGGUCGUUGCUUACUCGCCACUAUAGGUUUUCCUUGUGACAUUCAUCUCGUUGUCUGGGGCUGUUCUUGCGAGAUUGGUCUUGCCGGGUGCCGGAGUUACCACGAGGAAGCAGCGGACAUUGUGUUACUUCCAAAAGGGUGUGACUCGAAUCAAGUGCUACAUGAUAACGAAUGCUUGCCAAUGGUGGCGCUUGGCAGAGCGUGCGUGAUUACUGUUCAGUGUAGAGGGGCAGGUGAAUGUGCAGAUGGAGUCUGUAACUGCCCCACUGGAACGAUUCGGAAGGUUCGUCCAGUCAGCAAUCCAGUCCUUCUUAGUUGGAUUUUUCGAACUUACGACAUUGUUCUGUGUAGGGUGACCAUUGCGAAAGAAAGCCUUGCUGAGUACGUCUCUUGCGCUUGGCUUCAUUCGCAACAGUUGAUGGAACAACCAAUCAGAACGAGUUCAAUUCGUCUACAGCAGAAGACUCAGGUCUCUGUCUGGCUCCCAGAUUACCGUAUCGUGUCAACGGGAUUCCCAUACAGUGCGCUACAGGGAAGCCUUGUCCAAAAGGCUUCACUUGCACGUACUCACGUUCAGUGCAAAACUAUUUUUGCUGCUCAAAUAUCAUUCAUUCCAAGGACGACA